GCUUCGUUCAUUCAGUCAUUCAUCGACCAUCGUUUGUUUACUUCCGGGAGUUUAGAGCGAGCACGAAUUUUGAGUUCAAGUUGGGUCAUUUUUGUAUCGAAGAAUAAGUGGGUUUUACUUCUAUACAAACAUACACAACAUGACUGCAAUGUCUCAUUUUAGCCGACCAAAGAUCAAAAAGAGGUCAGCAUUGUUCACGCGGCGCGUGAAAUUAUCGAAGAACUCUGCACUGUCUCUGCUGUUCGUUCACUACAGUGUGUUCCUGCAAUCUUUGAUGAAAGCUGCAACAACUGAGGCAAGAGAUAAACGGGCAAGAAAUUUGAAAGCAGAACAUAUCAAGGCAGUAGCUAAAAGAGUCCUGAAGAAAUAUCGAUGAACAGAUUCAACGAGAGUGAGAAGUUGCAACUGAGGACACCAAACAGGAAUGCUCAUGUAGCCUUCCUUUUGUGCUUUUUGUUUGAGGAUGCUCCAUUUGCUAUUCUUUUCUCUGAAAAUGAACCCAACCCUGAUACAUAACCCCAGCCAUCUACAGAUCUUGUUAUGUAAGGAUAUAAUGUAAAACCCUCUUUUAUCAUGUGUUCAGUGUGCGGUUGGCAGGUGCUCUGGUGUGGUUUGCU